UUAAUUUAGCUGAAUUUUCUCCAUAAAUUUGUGAGUACCGAGAAAAAUUUGACAUAGUAGGUAGGUACCUACCUGCCUACUAAUAAAGCCGCAUCACCUAAAUUUAAAUUUGUAAAUUUUCAGUAGGUACAGGGUGUCGCGGAUUCGCGGUUAUUAAUUAUAUUUGGCUAUGUUUUUGUUAUAUUUAAAGUUCGCGAUCUCGAUAAUAUUCGGCUGCUAGGUUUGUUAUCUUGAAGAUUCAAAAGUUUUUGUUAUUGUUUUUAUUCGAAAAUAAAUAGAGUACGAAAAGGGUUCGUAUUGAAGCGAUUAAAUCAAUCGCCCUUAUUGUUGAAUUCCUUUUUCGUUAUGGUAGCAGGCUGAUCCUAAAUAAUCGUUCGUUUCGUCCUCCGAAUUCGUUGGUAAAUUCCAAAAAUGCCGGAAACCAGCGAAAAUGCCGAAAAGCUAAAAGCGUUAUCCACCCGAAAGUCCAGACUUCGUUCUUCACUGACUAGAAGUAUGUCAUACGUAAGUGAGAAGCUGGCGACGGCAGAUUUUAACGAAGUUAAAGUGAAAUUGACAAUGGUCGAAGAUAUAUAUAAAAAUUAUCUUGCUUUACUUGACGAAUUCGACAACUUCGAAGUUCCGGAUCUGGACCCUUUCAUAGAAAAAUUCGAAGAUGACUACAUCGCCAUUAAAGGUAAAUUAGAAAGCAGUAUCGAAAAAUUCUCUAAUAGCAGUGCUGUUCCAGGUUUUAAAAGACAGUGUACAACUGAAUCUGGUGGUAGCGGUAGUUGUUGUUCUUCUUCAAAAGCUACGAUUAAGUUACCAAAGUUGGAGUUGAAGAAAUAUGGUGGUAAUCUACUUGAAUUCGAAUCGUUUUGGUCUUCGUUCAACUCAGCUGUACAUAAUACUGAUUUAGAAGCAACUGAUAAAUUUACGUACUUGAGAAAUAACCUGGUAGGCGAAGCUGAAUUAUUGUUGAAAGGUAUGGGUACCACUGCUGCAAACUAUCCAAUCGCAUACGAAAUGGUAAAAAAGAAGUUUGGUAAUAAAAAGAAAUUAAUUGAUUUAUUAUACGAUAAUUUAACGAAAAUUCCAAAAAGUAAUAAAUGGACUAAAAAUUUGCGAAAUACUUACGAUAAUAUUGAAUCGAAUUUACAUGCUUUAGAAGGUGUAGGUGAAAAUAUUCAAAACAACACCAUACUGUACUCGAUGAUUAUGAAGAAGUUUCCAUUUGAUAUAAUUAUGAAAGCCGAUUUGGAUGUUGCAAGUAACGAUUUAUCCGAAUUGAGGCAGAAAGUUGGCGAAUUGAUAUGGAAACAAGAGCAAUAUUGUGGUACUACAGAGAGCUUGAUAACUGGUGAUAGAAAACCGAGUAAAAAAUGUAUCUAUUGCGGUGAAACGUCACAUUAUUCCGAUGAAUGCAGCAAAAUAACGACAUUGGAAGACCGAAGAAAGAAAUUGAAUGGUCGUUGCAUCAUUUGUUUGAAUCCUGGUCAUCUCGCUAAAGACUGUACGGUAAACAAACCAUGUGUACAUUGUAAGAAACGUCGUAGUCAUCAUCGUAGUUUAUGUAUUAAAUUAUUUUCAAAAGAAGUUAGUAAUCCUGAACCAACUGAAUCUUUACUAAUGAAAGAUCAAGAAGGUAACCUGUUAGCAGCCACAAUCAACGUUGGUAAUGAAAGUCGUGUUCAGAAAGUUACCUCAAUUCUGGAUAGCGGUUCAAGAAGAUCGUACAUUACUACGAGGUUGGCUGAUAAAUUAAAAUUGAAGCCUCUUCAUUAUGAAACGAUUAGAAUUUCUACGAUUUGUUCCGAAGCUCCUCGAGAAAUUUCAACCAAGGUCGUUAGUUUAGAUAUUUUUACAAAUGAUGGUGAAAAAAUAAAAAUCACUGCAAAUACGAUACCUAAAAUUAUUAAUCGAAUAAAUCACCACGAUAUUAAGUUAGAUUCCAGAUUCAAGAAAUUCAAGCUCGCUGAAGUUGAUAAAAAUCUUGUACCUGAACUCCUGAUUGGAAAUGACUACAUGUUCGAUUUUAUGGUCAUGGAAAAAGUAAUUAUUGAUGAUUCAACUUCGUUAAUCAAUUCGAAAUUUGGAUGGCUGGUGGGAAGGCCCCACAUGGUUGAAAGAGAUGGAAGUUGCUUGGCCAAAGGCAAUGAAUUUACAAUUUGAAUCCGAACCUGAACCUGAACCAGAACCAGUACUUAUCUCCAAUAAUACAGCUGUAAUUCAGCCUCCUUUUAAAAUCGAUUGUACUCAAUUUAAAACCCUCAACUAUCUACUUGAUGCAACGUUAAGCUACAUGAAAAAUGUCAAUCCGAAUAAUAUUGUUCAGAAAACCGAAGAAGCUUUCAACCAGUGGAUUAUGUAUAUCCAAAACAAAAAUUAUCCUGAUAUUUCGCAACCUAAUCCGCUUGGUUUAAAACGUGAUUCUCAAAAUAUUAUACGUUGUCAUGGACGCCUGGUUGAAUCAUGUCUCGACGAUAAUGCAAAGUUUCCAAUACUUCUACCUGAGAAAGAAUACUUCACUCACUUAUUAAUUGAAAAAAUUCAUAUCGAUAACUAUCAUGUUGGCGUUUCGCAUACUCUCUCUGAAUUGAGAAAAAAUUUCUGGAUUCCAAAAGGCAGAUCGACGGUGUACUACGUUCUAAAAAAAUGUGCUAACUGCAAAUACUACGAUGGUGGUCCAUAUAAAUAUCCUGCAAUUCCUCCGUUACCUGAAUUUCGUGUAAAUCAAAGCAGUCCGUUUUCCUGUUGUGGUAUCGACACAUUUGGUCCUUUAUACGUCAGUGAUAACUCAGUCCAGAAAAAAGUAUUUGUUAGUAUUUUUGUUUGUAUGAUUACGCGUGCGAUUCACUUAGAACUUUUAGAGAAUAUGACCACUCAAGAAUUCCUACUCGCUUUUCGUAAUUUUAUAGCAUUACGCACAAUUCCAAAAUUCGUAAUAAGUGACAACGCGCCACAAUUUAAAAUAACCAAAUCAGCUUUUGAAAAUCUUUGGCAACAAAUAAUUUCUGAUAAUGAUGUAAUAGAUUUUUGUAAAAAUAAUUUGAUAGAAUGGAAACUGUUGCCUGAAUAUGCCCCGUGGCAUGGCGGUUUUUACAAAAGAUUAAUCGGUAUAGUGAAAAUGUCGCUAAAGAAAACAAUUUUUAAUUGUAUAAUAACAGAAAAUCAAUUGAGAACCGUGUUGUAUGAAGUAACUUCUGUUAUUAAUUCGCGUCCUAUUGUUUACGUAGGUGAAAAUGAUAGUAAUGUAUUAACACCUAAUGAUUUGAUGAAUACCAAAUUCGAUUUUAUUCCGGAUAUUGAUAAUGUUAAAAAUAUUAAACGUGAUGUAAUCGUAAAUUUAUGGAAAAGAUCUAACGAUAUUAUUAAUCAAUUUUGGAACGUUUGGAAAUUUCAAUAUUUAACUAGUCUUCGUGAACGUAAUAUUAGUAUAAAACAAAAGAAAAAUGUAGUAGACUUAGUUCCUAAAGUAGGAGAUAUCGUAUUAAUUGAAGGUGAUAAAAAAUUUUGUCCUAGAGGAGAGUGGAAAGUUGGUAAAGUAAUUAAUGUUAAUGUUAGCUCAGACAGUAAUGUUAGAUCAGCAAUCGUUGAAACUAAAAAUUCUAAACUUACCCGUCCCAUUAACAAAUUGUAUCCCUUGGAAACAUCGUAAUUUUUCUCGUUUAUACUUAUUAUUUUAAAUUUAAAAAUUCGUUUUUUUUUUUUUUUUUUUCGUCGGGAGUGUCGCGGAUUCGCGGUUAUUAAUUAUAUUUGGCUAUGUUUUUGUUAUAUUUAAAGUUCGCGAUCUCGAUAAUAUUCGGCUGCUAGGUUUGUUAUCUUGAAGAUUCAAAAGUUUUUGUUAUUGUUUUUAUUCGAAAAUAAAUAGAGUACGAAAAGGGUUCGUAUUGAAGCGAUUAAA